CGGCUCGGCUGGUGGAAUGCUGCUGCAAACUCGGCCUGUGUUUGGCGUCUAGGCCUUUGAAUUGCUGCCUGCUUAUUCCGUUUACCACAAAGACUUUAUUGCAAACCAUUGCAUUUUUAUUUUGUAUUUUUGUUUAUUUACAAUAAAUUAUCGACAACAGUUAAGUCAAGCUCUCUCUUGGAUUACUCGGAUGCGAGUUGUGAGUCUGACAAUGCACCACCUGCUUUCUCCUGUGGUUGAAAACAAAGACAAAUGGAAAUAAGACAAUAUAAGAAAACCCUGUUUUUCGCCACUACACUUGUUGUACCUGAAUAAAAACAACAACAACAAAAGGGCAGUUUUAAAGAAGAGAUAUAUUCCACAACACUGGUGAGGGGUGUGGCAGUGUUGCCAUGGUCACCUCGGGCAGCUGGAUGGUGGUGCGACAGCACCGGGGACCAGCUGGUGAGGGGUGUGGCAGUGUUGCCAUGGUCACCUCGGGCAGCUGGAUGGUGGUGCGACAGCACCGGGGACCAGCUGGUGAGGGGUGCGGCAGUGUUGCCAUGGUCACCUCGGGCAGCUGGUGAGGGGUGCGGCAGUGUUGCCAUGGUCACCUCGGGCAGCUGGUGAGGGGUGCGGCAGUGUUGCCAUGGUCACCUCGGGCAGCUGGUGAGGGGUGUGGCAGGCGCUGCAUCAGCAGAACCCGUGCCAAGUGAAGCAGCCGUGCCAGUGGGGCCAGAGAGUGGAGGAGGUUCCAGGAUGGGGUCAGUAAAGUCCUCUAACUCCUCUGCCUCAGGCUCAAAAUAGCCCUCAUCAUCGGCCACAGACACGCUUCUCCAACGCAGCCAGUGUGUGUGUGUGUGUAGUCGUCCAGUGCACUGCCAGUCUGGUGAAACAAAUGGUUGGCAGCACGCCGUGGAAGGCCACUGUAGGAGUGGGGCUCCACUCUCCCCUCCGUUCCACCUGGCCAGGCCCCUGUUCCACCUGACAAGGCCCCUGUUCCACCUGGCCAGGCCAUGGAUCCACCAGAGAGGCCUGGAAGAAGUGGCGCUGGCCAGAGCUCCUGAAGAUAUGAAUAGUUGUGUGUGUUGGCUCUUUAAAGGUGUGUUGGCGGUGUGUUGGCUCUUUAAAGGUGUGUUGGCUCUUUAAAGGUUCACACACACAUACACCCUCUCACACACACACACUCUCUCCCUCUCACACACAUACACCCUCUCACACACACACACACACACACACACACUCUCACAGCCUCUCACACCCUCUCACACACACAUACACCCUCUCACACACACACACACACACAGGCAGAAUGCAGCAGAUCUACAGGCAGAGUGAUGAACAGGUUGAAGUCUUCACAACGGUCAUGUCUGCACAAAUGUGUAAAACAAGAAUGAGGCAGAGACAUGAAGAUGAGGAGAAGGUUGUGGUGUUGCAGCAGUAUCAAGCUUGUUGGCCAGAUGAGAUGGACUUGUUGCCGGGGGAAUCAGUUCAGGUGUUGCUAAGAGACGACACCUGGUGUUUCGGCCGCCUGCCCAAUGGCAUUGUGGGAUACUUCCCAACCUCCUGCGUCACCCUGCCUUCUCAGGAGGAAGAAAGAGAGAUGUCCAGUCCAAGUGUGCACAGGAGGAAGUCAGUGCAGGAUACUACAGUGACCCCAUGUGGCUUCAAAGGGGGGCGUUCCCUGCGGUUGCCACGGCGAGCGCUGUCACUCUCAGCUGCAUCAGGAUGCUCCGCCUCCCCAGGCCUGUUCCAGCGAAUGCUGAAUGCUGCCCGUCGCCAUAGUUACGGCCCCGCCCAUCUCCUCGGCUCCCAAAACUCCACCUUCACGUCCGAAUAACUGAGUGUGGGAGAAUCUGUGUGUGUGUGUGUGUGUGUGUGUGUGUGUGUGUAUGUGCGUGUGUGUCUGUGUGUGUGUGUGUGUGUGUGUGUUUGUUUGUGUGUGUGUGUGUGUGUGUGUGUGUGUGUGUGUGUGUGUGUGUGUGUGUGUGUGUGUGUGUGUUUAGUGGCCAGAGCCAUGCAGUUCAGUCACACUCACUAAACACACACACACACACACACAACACACACACUCUCAGUCUUUUCUUCUCGGUGUAAAAACAUGGCGUGGUGUGUACAAACAGGCCGCACUGAGGUAAAAGCGCAGACUGCCUGUCGUAAGAGUUGAAAAUGUCAAAUUGUGCUUUGCAUAUGCAUUCAUAGGAGGGUCAGGGGAAAGUGGGAGUUUCACUUAAACUUACUUGCUAUAUUUGACUAUUGGAUCUGUCAUAGCCUAUACAUGUACAAGUAGUGUGUGUGUGUGUGUGUGUGUGUGUGUUACUUGCUAUAUUUGACUAUUGGAUCUGUCAUAGCCUAUACAUGUACAAGUAGUGUGUGUGUGUGUUACUUGCUAUAUUUGACUAUUGGAUCUGUCAUAGCCUAUACAUGUACAAGUAGUGUGUGUGUGUGUGUGUGUUACUUGCUAUAUUUGACUAUUGGAUCUGUCAUAGCCUAUACAUGCACAAGUAGUGUGUGUGUGUGUUACUUGCUAUAUUUGACUAUUGGAUCUGUCAUAGCCUAUACAUGUACAAGUAGUGUGUGUGUGUGUGUGUGUGUUACUUGCUAUAUUUGACUGUUGGAUCUGUCAUAGCCUAUACAUGCACAAGUAGUUUGAGUAGAACUACUGAUCUGCAUUAUCUGCUUGUUUGUUGACAUCUCGUCAUGUCUCUGCGAAUGUGUCUUCAUACAGAUUAAUUUAAAACAUGCUGCAAAGAUUGGACUACUACUUCAAUCUGUAGUGUAGGCUAUUUCAUUAGUCUACUAGGAUAUUUGCUUUGUCUUACUCUGUAUUCAGGCUAUUUAUUCAUCAUCUUCCAUCCUUCACAAAGAAAAAACAUGAGCACUUUGGUAACAUUGGCUUGGACUCAUCUGCAAGCCGCACGUCUUUGUACCAUUCCGACACUGAAAUUGUAUUUUCCAAUUAAAUAAAUAAAGAGAAAAAUUAC